GGGAAGCCACAGCGACGGAUGUGGCUCCUUCCGCGCUGGGCUGCGAGCGCUCGCUCUGUCUGGUUUAAUGUCAAUUCUGUCAGCACGAGACAAAGACGGGAAACGUUUUGGUUUUUUUUUUCGUGAGACCUGUAACGCCUUUUCCGUAACAUCAUCGUCAGGAGACAGUUGUUCCUUACUGUUCAUUAAUGGAAAAACUGACAGGAGGCGGAGGCUAUGGAGCCGAGGCCCCAGUGUUCCCAGGAGCCGGUGCUCGCAGACCUCUGCGGACGGGAGGAGAAGGCGUCUCCCGACAGCCCAGCACCGAAGAGCAGGACAGCAGUCCCUCAGGGUCACAUGUGGAAUGGUGUAAACAGCUGAUUGCAGCCACAAUUUCAAGUCAGAUUUCAGGGGCUGUGCAACCAGAAGUAUCCAGGGAUUACAAGCAGGUUGGUCGGAUUCCUGACCGGAGGGUUUGCAAGAGGCCUAACCUGAGGGAUUUUCCAGAUAGUCCUAACAGCUAUAAUACAGACCUGGACUGUGAACUUGCACCUCACACCUUGGCUCUAAGAGAGAGCAAUAAGCAGGCUCAGAUGGAGGAAGCUCCACGCUUUCCUGGUGAAACGAUCAAAGGCAUAGUGAAAGAUGUUAUGUACAUUUGUCCUUUUACUGGAGCUGUUAGUGGAACCCUUACAGUUACUGAUUAUAAACUAUAUUUCAAGAGCAUUGAAAGGGAUCCACCAUUUGUCCUUGAUGUUACUCUUGGGGUGAUUAGUAGAUUGGAGACUAUAGGUGUACAGAGCCAUGGAGAGAAUACAUGUGGAAUUGAGAUUGUAUGUAAGGAUAUGAGAAAUCCACGAUUUGCUUACAAACAGGAAGAGCAAAGCAAGCUGGAAAUCUUCGAAACUCUUACAAAGCAUGCAUUUCCUAUUUCUAAUGAUCUGCCCCUUUUCUCAUUUCUCUAUAAAGAAAAAUUUCCUUUUGAUGGAUGGAAAGUAUAUGAUCCUGCAACAGAAUACAAAAGGCUGGGAGUGCCAAAUGAAAGCUGGACAAUAAGUAAAGCAAAUGUCAAUUAUGAACUGUGUGACUCCUAUCCAUCUCUUCUUGUUAUCCCAACCAGUAUAAUAGAUGACGAUCUGAAAAGGGUUGCUUCAUUCAGAGCCAAACAUAGAUUCCCUGUUUUGUCAUGGAUACACCCUGAAAGCCAAGCUACUAUAAUUCGCUGUGGUCAGCCUAUGGUGGGGCCAACUGAUAAACGCUGCAAAGAAGAUGAAAAAUAUUUACAAACAGUAAUGGAUGCCAAUGCUCAGUCUCAUAAGUUAACUAUCUUAGAUGCUAGACAGAAUGCUGUAGCAUUAACAAACAAGGCAAAAGAUGGUGGUUAUGAAAAUGAGAGUUUCUACCCUAAUGCAGAGCUUAUAUUUCUAGAAAUUCCAAACAUUCAUGUGAUGCGAGAAUCUCUUCGUAAAUUAAAAGAUGCUGUUUACCCUGUUAUAGAUGAAGCUAAGUGGUUUUCCAACAUUGAUGCCACCCAUUGGUUAGAAUACAUACGGUUACUUCUAUCUGGAGCAGUACGAAUUGCAGACAAAAUUGAGUCAAGUAAAACAUCGGUCGUUAUACACUGUAGUGAUGGCUGGGACAGGACCACUCAGCUCACAUCCUUGGCAAUGCUUAUGCUAGAUAGCUACUACAGAACUAUAAAAGGAUUUGAAGUCCUCAUUGAGAAAGAAUGGGUCAGCUUUGGACACAAGUUUGCUUUGCGAGUUGGUCAUGGAGACAGCAAUCACACAGAUUCUGAGAGAUCACCUUUGUUUGUCCAGUUCAUAGAUUGUGUCUGGCAAAUGACAAGGCAGUUUCCUUCUGCAUUUGAAUUCAAUGAACUGUUCCUUAUUACAAUUUUGGAUCAUUUGUACAGCUGUCUCUUUGGAACAUUUCUCUGCAACUCUGAACAAGAGCGAGUAAAAAAGGAGGUGCAAACAAAAACAGUAUCACUUUGGUCAUACAUAAAUAGCCAGCUUGAAGAGUUUACUAAUCCAUUCUUUGUGAACUAUGAAAAUCAUGUUCUGUACCCUAUAACCAGUCAAAGACAUCUUGAGCUGUGGGUCAGUUACUACGUAAGGUGGAACCCACGCAUGAGACCUCAGAUGCCUGUUCACCAAAAUCUAAAGGACCUGCUAACAAUACGUUCAGAAUUACAGAGGAAAGUAGCCGAGUUACAGCGAGAGGUCAGCACUCGAUCGCCCUCCUCUUCUUCAGAUCGAGGCUCCUCGCCAUCACACUCGACUACACCGGUCCAUACUACAGUGUGAACGAGAGCACAUGCUCGUCGAGCUAAAGGUGCAGAACUGCAUUGAAAAUAGGCCAAAUAUGGGGAAAAAGUUUUAUUUUAUGGAGAUUUAAGUUAUAUGUUGUAAGUAUUUUAAAGAGAGAUUUUAAAAUGGGAAUUUGUUUCUUACAUUUUAUUAAAUUUUAUUAAAGUUGGUCCACAGACAUUUUGGCCAGCAUGUGAACAAAAAUAUAAAACAUUAAAUUUAUAAUACCCAACAAUUUUUUUUAAUGGGUCAGUACUGAAAGUUCAGUCAUCUUUAGUAGAUGUCACAGUUUGAUAAUUAUUUCAUUCCUUCUGCUAUUUAUAGGGAACGUUUUGUGGAAAUACAGUUUUUGUUAUGUGUUUUUGCAUGACAGAACAACGUAAUGGUCAAAAUUAUAAAGAAUUUUUUUAGGAAUUGAUUUGUAUUCUUUAAUGUUUUUAUGUGCAAAAAUGUUCUGUGAAAUAUGCAAUAAUAGAAAUGUAACCAUUUCAUGACCUCUUCAAAGGGGUCCAGAGAAAUGGUAGAAGUGUUGCCAAAAUGACUUGAGAGGGAAUAGCAGAGCUUACUUAAGUGCUGGGGCAAUGCUUGAAGUCAGACAUAAUGAGUAGGGGGCUGCUAAACUGGGGGUUUAAAAAUGUGACAUGCAUUGUGCAUAAGUACGAUGAAAGACUAAACUGGAGUCCGUGUUAAAUUUGCAUUCAGGUUAAGAAAAGCUGGCAGGUGUGUUUUAUGCAGCCCUGCUUUUGUGAGCCUUUUUGGGAAAUCCAGGCAGCAUUUGCAUGUUUGUCUUUAUUAACAGGCUUUGCUUUACUGUUUUUGAGGUUUGUUAGUUCAAAAUUUCAUAGUCUUUUACCUUGAGCAUAUAUCUGUCAGCGACUAGAGAACUUUUAUUUUAAAUGUUUAAAGUGGCUUUCCAAAUAUAUAGAUGGCCACUCAAUUUGGUACUUCUUCCCAGUACAGUACUAUCCAUUUAGUAACUGCAUACACUAGAUGGCCUUUAAUGUCCACUAAUGACCAAACCAAGGCAAGGUACCCCUUUAAGAGAUGCAAAAGAGCAAAGCAAAUAAUUGCCCCCUUCAUUUUUUGGUUCUUGAAGAAACUCUUGCACAACCGCUCAGUUCAUUCUUUCUGGAUGCGAUUGUCACCCAAAGGCAUUCAUGAUAUGAAAUUAAGAGCAGAGUACAUCCAAAGAUCUUGCACAAGUAUUGGAAAUAAGAGUCCUUUUGUUGUCAAUGCUUUGUGGGUGAGUUAAACAAUAGGAAACGAGCUCAUUAGAAAUGCUGAAGCCAAAACAGUUGUGUCCUCUUUGAUAACUGACAGUUAGUUGUAGCGCAUUAACAAAAGAGUAAUUCAGCAAUCAGAAUGGCGACAUCAAAAGAAAAGUUAGAGGUCUCACAAGAAAGGGAGUAGAGAACUGAGUGAGCAAGUAGCUCGGGUGUGGCUGGGGACGGGGAGUCACCACUAGCAUCAUUCACAAAAAGAUGGCACUUAUCACUCUGGGUGUGCUUUUGCUGCCAGUACUUGCCAGUUAAUUUGUGUUCACUUUUUUUAUUGAGUACUAGAAAUUCCACACCCAAAUCCAUAAGUGGCGAGGGUCUGUAGUAAGUACUGCCAAUACAGCAGUCACUUUGCUUAUCUGCUCUUGCAACAUCACCUCUACCCUGGGAAGAAGAUGAAUGCUUGAGCGCAAUGGGCUGACGUCUUUUUAUGCCAUGGCUUGAAUUUGAAUGCUUUUUUAAAGGAAUCCUCUGAGAUUUUGAUUUUGAAUACAAAGAUGUUUAUAACGACUAAUGUGGGGUCUCUAACUCAAUCCUGGAGGGCUACAGUUUCUGUAGGUUUUUGUUCCAGCCACGGUGUUAAAUACUAGGCAGCUACCUUUGCUGAUAGAAUGGUCUUUUUUUUUUUGGCCUUAAUAUUAAUUAAUUUGCUUUUUAAGACUUGGGCCCCUGUAAUUUGUUUUCUUCUUUCACUAACCAGCCAGCCACCAAACAAAAGUAAGAUGUAAAGUGA